UUUGGCUCGAGCCGUGACUACCGGAGCGUUCGGCCGUUGCCGUGCGCAUGACUUGCGGAGAAUGGCAGAGCCACCCUUCAAGCCCCACGACCGCUCAGUGUCCCGUGGCACCAAUCUGUCGCAGCCCAUCACGCCAGUAGUGCCAGACAUAGAGCUAAGCACUGUGCACGAGAGGCAGGCGCGGCAGGAUUUGGAGGCCGCACUGCUGGAUCUGGCGGCGAGUCACGUCAGUGAGGUCCAACACCUGCAAUGGAAGCUUGAGGCCUCGAUCCAAGCGUUGGAGGCUCGCCACUUUGCCCCGCCCAAAUCAUCGGGAACGCAGGCGCCUGUGUUGGCAGCCGAUUGGUCAGAACUCCGCCUUAGCCCAGGCCCGCGCGACAACGAGCAGAACGAUGAGGGGAGCAACGAGGAGGCCGAGGCCAAGGACGUGACGGACGGGGCCAAGGUCGAGGAGUCGCCGACGGACCGGACAGCGGAAGCGCUCGAACGUCAGCAGAAGAAGGCAAGAAUGCGUAUGAGCUCAGCCAUCUCGCGAGUAUUGAAGGGACCGAGCCACAUCCCUCUGGCAAAGCACCACCGCAUGUCCAAGGCGCCAGAGACACUUAGGCUGCGAAGGAAGAUGUUGAACCAGAAGCCCUUCGCAGCGGAUCGCUAUGGUGACGUGGAUCCUGAGGAGCUAGACAAGCUUCUACCAUGGUACGAGAGGUACAGUUUGCUUUGGCUGGUCACCCACCCCUUCUUCGACGCGGUGACUGCGCUGGUGAUCCUGGUCAAUGCUGCAACCAUCGGCGCCGAGACGCAGUAUGGCGCCAUGGACGUGCAGAUGCCACCGGGUCUGGACAUUGUCAGCCAGGUGUGCUCCGUCUAUUUCCUCUUCGAGCUGGCCGUGCGCAUCGGGGCUCACAAGAUGAGCUGGAUCUCUGAUCCCGAUAUGCGGCUGUGGAACAUGUUCGACUUCCUGCUUGUUGCUAUGUCUCUGAUGGACUACAUCCUUGUCCGAGCGAUGGAUGCAAGUGCUGGCUUCACGGAGGUGAAGAUGAUCAAGACGCUACGCAUCAUUCGGAUCUUCCGGGUCUUCCGCUUCUUCCGGCAGCUCACGCAGCUGGCGCUGAUGAUCACGGACUCUAUCAAGUCACUGAUUUGGGCGCUUGUCCUCCUGGCCAUCAUCAUCUAUGCUUUUGCGAUUUUCCUUACAGCCAACGUGUCGGCAUGGUUGCAAUCGCACCUGGAAUAUCCAGGGAUCGAGUGGCCGCUCCUGGCCGCCGAGCAUGCGGAUCCAGACAUCAGCGCGCUGGGGUGGGCCUAUGGCUCCUUGCCGCAGACGGUUUACACGCUGGUGCAGGCCGUGCUAGGGGGACGCAGCUGGCACGAGGUCUGCACUCCCUUGUUCAAGGUUGGCUGGUUGCCUGUCAUGC